AACACUUCCAGACGUUCUUUUUCAUCCUGCAGCACAAUGAAGAUUUGGGUGGUCCUCCUGCUGGUGGCGGUGGCCAGUGCCAAGCAGUUCAGCAAUUGUGAGCUGGCGAGAACGCUGAAAGCAGCUGGAAUGUCCGGCUUCAAAGGCGUCAGUCUGGCUGACUGGGUUUGUUUGGCCAAUGCAGAGUCCGGCUACAACACUCAGAUCACCAACAAAAACUCUGAUGGCUCAACGGACUACGGCAUUUUCCAGAUCAACAACCGCUGGUGGUGUUCUAAUGGCCAGUUCCCCAGCCACAACGGCUGUCGAAUCUCCUGCAGCCAGCUACUGACAGAUGACAUCUCCGCUGCCAUCCAGUGUGCCAAGACCAUAGUGAGUCAGCAGGGCAUCUCAGCAUGGGUGGGGUGGCGCAAUAAAUGUGAAAACAAAGAUGUGAGCCGGUACAUCGCAGGUUGUGGAGUUUAAAUGAAGAACACUAAGUGAUGGACUGCAAGCUGAAUUAACUGCAUCUCAUGAACAAUAUUGCACCACUUCUUUAGCAAACAGUUUUUCUUUCUCAUGAACUAUUAAAAGUAGUUGUGCUAUAUUUUCAAAUCAUAUAAGGCAGAACAUAAUAUCAGUUAUUAUUUUGGUAAAUAUCUUCACAUGUGCAAAAGCAAUAUAUUGUGCAAGCUUUAAGAAGAAGACAUGCUGCAAAUAGCAAAGGGGAAAUACAUGAUUGUAGUGCUGUAAUGCUAGUAAUCAUUUUCAAACUGUAACAAUCAAGACCUGUACAUAUCAACAUGAGCAAAGUAUCAAAUAAACACCUAGAACAUGCAAA